AUGAGUGCUAUAGACGCAAAUUUAGGUGGCAUUUUCUUCGUUUACGGUUAUGGAGGGACUAGAAAGACAUUUGUCUGGAGAACAUUGUCAGCAGCAUUAAGGUCAAAAGGAGAUAUAGUACUCAACGUUGCUUCAAGUGGUAUAGCUUCGUUACUACUACCUGGUGGCAGAACUGCUCAUUCAAGGUUUGCAAUACCACUAAAUCCAAAUGAGGAUUCUACAUGUAACAUCAAUCAAGGUAGCGAAUUAGCUGAACUCAUUGUUAAAUGCAAACUUAUAAUUUGGGAUGAAGCGCCAAUGGUGCACAAACAUUGCUUUGAAGCUUUGGAUAGAAGUUUGCAUGAUAUAUUGCGUUUCAAUAACCCACAAGGGCUAGACGUACCUUUUGGAGGAAAAACAGUUGUGUUUGGUGGAGACUUCAGACAAAUUUUACCAGUUAUACCAAAAGGAACUAGGCAAGAUAUUGUGCAUGCAACAAUAAAUGCAUCUUACCUAUGGAGGUAUUGUAAAGUCCUACGCUUGACAAAGAAUAUGAGACUCCAAAACUCAUCCUCAAAUAAUGAUUAUGCACAACUGAAACAUUUUUCUGAAUGGAUUGCAAAAAUAGGAGAUAGCAAAAUUGAGGGGCAAACAAAUGAAUGUGUACCCAAUCAUGCAUUGACAUUGAAAGUUGGCACUCCAGUUAUGCUAUUAAGAAAUAUUGACCACUCAAUUGGUUUAUGUAAUGGCACAAGAAUGGUAAUUACUAAACUUGGAAAUCAUGUUCUAGAAGCAAGGAUAUUGUUCGGAAGCAGUGCAGUUUCUAGGGUCACUACUCCAGAAGGGCUGAAAAUAUUGAUUUGUGACAGUGAAAGCACCAGAAAAACUUCAACAGCAAACAUUGUAUACAAGGAAGUUUUUCAGAAUUUGUAA